AUGGCGCCCCGCAGCUACUCGAAGACGUACUCCGUCCCCAAGCGUCCUUUCGAGUCCGCUCGUCUGGAUACCGAGCUGAAGCUCGUCGGCGAGUAUGGUCUGCGCAACAAGCGCGAGGUCUGGCGUGUCCAGUUGACCCUGUCCAAGAUUCGUCGUGCUGCCCGUUCGCUCUUGACCCUCGAUGAGAAGGACCCUAAGCGCCUUUUCGAAGGUAACGCCCUCAUUCGCCGUCUCGUCCGUGUCGGUGUGCUCGACGAGUCCCGCAUGAAGCUCGAUUACGUCUUGGCCCUCAAAAUUGAGGACUUCUUGGAGCGUCGUCUCCAGACUUGCGUCUACAAGCUCGGCCUUGCUAAGUCGAUCCACCACGCUCGUGUCCUCAUCCGCCAGCGCCACAUCCGCGUCGGCAAGCAGAUCGUGAACGUCCCCUCCUUCAUGGUCCGUCUCGACUCCCAGAAGCACAUUGACUUCGCCCUCACCUCGCCGUUCGGUGGAGGCCGACCUGGCCGCGUGAGGAGGAAGAAGGCCAAGGCCGCCGAGAAGGGUGGUGACGACGAUGCUGGUGACGAGGACGAGGAGUAG